CAGAGGAGGCGUGUGAUUACAUGGUGAUCGUGAGAAAAGGAGAGGAGGACAAGAACACGAGCAACAGUCGAAAUUACGGUAACAAGGGAAUGCGACUGGGGAAAUACGAGCUUGGACGGACACUUGGCGAGGGUAAUUUCGGGAAAGUCAAAUUUGCUAAGAACGUAGAGUCCGGCCAGUCCUUUGCUGUUAAGAUUCUGGAGAAGACCAAAAUUAUUGACCUUAAAUUCACCGACCAGAUAAAGAAUGAGAUUGGAACAUUGAAACUACUGAAGCAUCCAAACGUUGUCAGAUUACAUGAGGUUGUAGCAAGCAAAACCAAGAUUUACAUGGUCCUCGAAUAUGUUAUCGGCGGCGAAUUGUUUGACAAAAUUGCAAACAACGGAAAACUUACAGAGACCGAAGGCAGGAAGCUUUUCCAACAAUUAAUCGACGGUGUGAGCUACUGUCACAACAAAGGCGUCUCCCAUCGGGAUCUUAAGCUGGAGAAUGUUCUUGUCGAUGCUAAGGGGAACAUAAAGAUAUCGGACUUUGGCCUUAGCGCUUUGCCCCAGGAUUUUCGGGAAGAUGGUUUGCUUCAUACAACCUGUGGAAGCCCCAACUAUGUUGCCCCCGAGAUUCUUGCUAACAAAGGUUAUGAUGGUGCCACCUCCGAUGUAUGGUCAUGUGGUGUCAUCUUAUACGUCAUUCUCACCGGAUUUCUCCCUUUCGAUGAUAGAAAUCUUGCAGUUCUCUAUCAGAAGAUCUUGAAGGGGGAAACUUUGAUACCGAAAUGGUUAUCACCCGGUGCAAAAAACUUGAUUAAGAGGAUUCUCGAUCCCAACCCCGCUACCAGAAUAACAAUGACCGGCAUCAAGUCAGACGAAUGGUUCAAGCAGGACUACUCUCCCGUAAAUCCUGAUGAAGAAGAAGAAGAUAAAAACAUCGACGAUGAAGCUUUCUCAAUACAUGAAGUGCCAUCUGAGGGGGAGACGAGUCCAGACGCCCAGCACCCGUACACGCAUAUCAAUGCCUUUCAGUUGAUCGGAAUGUCCGCAUGUCUAGACCUCUCCGGCUUCUUUGAGAAAGAGGAUGCGUCUGAGAGGAAGAUUAGAUUUACGUCGAACCACUCUGCUAAAGAUUUGCUUGAGAAAAUCGAAGAAAUUGUAUUGGAGAUGGGAUAUUGUGUCCAGAAGAAAAAUGGAAUGUUGAAAAUGAUGCAAGAACACAAAGGGGAGAGAAGUCUGGGCAGUCUAUCAGUUGCAGCAGAGGUGUUUGAGAUAAGCCCAUCUUUGUUUGUAGUAGAGUUGAGAAAAUCAUGUGGUGAUUCUUCUGCAUAUAGACAGGGUUACUACAAGUCUUCAGCCAGAUGCAAGAAAUCUAACUUGCAAGGCUGCUGCCAAGAUCUUCAACGUGUACCUGGAUCAAGCUGCUGCAUUUGUCUGCUGUUGUCUGCAGUUUGAAGCUUCUCAUUCACACAGUCUUGUACCGCUCGUCUCUGUUCUUCGAAUUACGCAUAAAUUCAAUCUGUUGAGAAAAAUAAUGAAGAUUUGGAUCAUAAAAUUGAUGUCUUUAACAAGUAAUGUGCGUGGGAAAUGUGGAGACAAUUGUUGAAACGAGAGAUCCUGCAGCUACAAUGACAACAAUUUGGUCCCGACAGCAUGAACUAAAGGCGCGUAAAUCUUCAUGGCUUCUCUAUAGACCAAUUUCUUUUGAGGCCGCAGCAGGUAAUCGAGAUGCCUCAUUGUGUCUGAGCUGAAUAUUUACACAGCUUAUUACCAGUAAGAACAAGUUCAAUAUCCGAGCUGAAUAUUUAUACAACUUCUUACCCAGAAGAACACAUUCAUAAUUGAAGCUGAAUAUUUGCGAAGGUUCUUACCAGUAAGAACGCUUCAUA